CUAUGGCCCGAACUGACAUUACUACUAGCGGCGCUCAUGACUCUUUUGUCAUUGACCCGGAAGUGACUUUACUGUGGAGAUUUUCCGCUCCAUUCAGUACUGUUCAGGGAGAAGCGGUUCGGCCAAUAAAAAGUAUUGUCUGUAUUAAGGCAGACAUUAAUACAGACAUGUUUUACCAUAUUUCUUUGGAACAUGAAAUCUUACUACACCCGAGGUAUUUUGGACCCAACCUGCUGAACACUGUGAAGCAGAAACUUUUUACUGAAGUAGAGGGAACAUGUACUGGCAAGUAUGGCUUUGUCAUUGCAGUCACCACUAUUGACAACAUCGGGGCGGGUGUAAUCCAGCCAAGCAGAGGCUUUGUUCUGUAUCCCGUGAAGUACAAGGCCAUUGUCUUCCGUCCGUUCAAGGGAGAAGUGGUGGAUGCUGUGGUCACUCAGGUUAACAAGGUUGGGCUAUUCACAGAAAUUGGUCCCAUGUCUUGCUUCAUCUCUCGCCAUUCCAUUCCUUCGGAAAUGGAGUUUGACCCCAAUUCUAAUCCUCCUUGCUAUAAGACUGUUGAUGAGGAUAUUGUAAUUCAGCAAGAUGAUGAGAUCCGGCUGAAAAUUGUGGGCACAAGGGUUGACAAGAAUGACAUUUUCGCAAUUGGAUCUCUCAUGGAUGACUAUCUGGGUCUUGUGAGCUGAUUACAGCUUCAGAGUGGUGUGUCAUAUGGAUAUUUUUCUGCAUCAAUCUUCUUUUGUAUAUAUUUAUUUUUACUCUUGUAUGUAUGGUGACAGCUGUUGAAGCACCCUAAUCAAUUUUUUGUUUUCUCUUUGCAUCCUAUAUAUGCUGUUUAUUACAAGUCAUGUAAGAACUCAAACAGAUACUGCUGUCAAGAUUAACACAUCUUGUUAAUUAAUGUUAGAGUAGCCCACAGGAAAACGAUUACUUUAGUUCAUGUAGAAAUUGUUUUAUUUUGUUUUUUUGUAUGUGGACUGCAAUAAAGUAUUUUAUUCAUUCUUA